AUGGCUAAGGCAAACCAAUCUGAUAACAGAUCUCGCUUCACUGAUCUUGGCACUGAACCCAUAGAUCAUCUCUUAGCACCAAUCAAAGGCUAUCAAGACAAACCACUUGUUACACUUACAGAAGCAAUUGAACCGGUUUUCGGGUAUUUUAAUGAAAUUGAAGACAAUGCUGCUGUUGCAUUACAUAAUUGCAAAAAUCCAGCUGAUGGGUUAACUGAACAAGAAUCAGCUUCGAUUCAUUUAUACACAAUGGAAUUUGAUGGCGGACCAAGUUUGUAUUUGUUACUUAAUCAAUCAUUGCGUGCUGAAAAUCGUGGAGAAUUGAAACCAUGGUUUUUAUUUCUCAAAUUAUUUCUUACUGGUCUUCACAAACUACCAUCAUAUCGUGGAACAGUAUGGCGUGGUGUUCGAGAUGUCGAUUUAACUUCAAAAUAUAAAGCUGGCACAGAAUUUGCUUGGUGGGGAGUAAGUUCUUGUACUACUCACGUGGAAGUACUUGAAAAAGAUCAAUUUUUGGGUAAAGAUGGGCAACGUACUCUUUUUUCGAUUGAAUGUAUCAAUGGAAAAUCUAUUGCAAAACAUUCUUAUUUUAAAAAUACUGAAAAAGAAAUUAUUCUUAUGCCAGGCUCCUAUUUUCAAGUGACUAGUCAAUUGAAUCCAGCACCCGGACUUCAUAUUAUACAAUUAAAAGAAAUUACUGCGCCAAUGACACUUGUUAAAUCACCAUUUUCGAAACCAAAUGAACAAGAAUCACCUUCUGUCGUUCAAAAAAUAAACACAUCUACAUCAUCGAUGAUGAGACAAAUGGCAUCUGCUGAAAACUUAACCAAUAAGAUAACAUCGAAAACAUCAGUCAUUCCUGAGAUUUCCGUCAAUGCACGAUGGGCACAGAAUGGUACGACUGUUGCCGGUGGUAACGGAUGUGGGCAUGCUAGUAAUCAACUCUAUUGGCCUUGUGGUCUCUGCCUUGAUGGUGAUCAAACGAUAGUCAUCGCUGACAACUCGAAUAGUCGUAUCGUCCAAUGGAAGAUAGGUGAUACAAAUGGACAAGUAAUAGCUGGUAGCAAUGACAAAGGAAGUCGUUUGAAUCAAUUGCAUUUUCCAACUGAUGUGCUGAUCGACAAAGAGAUGGAUAGUCUUAUUAUCUGCGAUCGAGAUAAUCGACGAGUCGUACGAUGGUCUCCGCGUAGUGGCGCUAAACAAGGAGAAAUCCUCAUCAACAACAUCAAAUGUUUCGGAUUGGGCAUGGAUGAUCAAAGGUGUCUCUACGUCUCCGACUCCGAGAAACAUGAAGUCAGAAGAUAUGAAAUGGGAGACCAGAAUGGAACUCUCGUAGCUGGUGGGAAUGGGCCAGGUGCUGGUCUCAAUCAACUCGAUAGGCCGACCUACAUCUUUGUCGAUCAACAACAGACUGUCUAUGUGUCAGACGAACAAAAUCAUCGUGUGAUGAAAUGGAAUACAGGUGCAACAGAAGGAAUUGUCAUCGCUGGAGGACAAGGCGAAGGGGCUGCUCUGACACAAUUGUCUUAUCCUCGAGGACUGUUCAUCGAUAUGUUGGCUACCCUCUAUGUAGUAGACUGUUUUAAUCAUCGAGUGAUGCGUUGGCCUAAAGAAGAAAAGCAGGGUACUGUCAUUGUGGGUGGAAAUGGUAAAGGAAAAGAACCAAAGCAGUUUAAUCGACCAGUUGGUUUAUCUUUCGAUCAUCAGGGCAAUCUCUAUGUCGCCGACUGGGGUAAUGAUCGUGUGCAACGUUUCUCUAUCAAAUAA